GUGUAUGCUACGUCAGAGGAAGGCCACAAGCAGACAGUAUUGAACCUAGAGGCAGAACUAGUGGAACUACAAACUAAACUCCAAGACAACCAAAACCAAGUGUCUGUAGAAUCUAGUAAAGAAGAUGAAUUAAGGCGUAGGAUUUUCUCCCUCAAGAGCAAACUGCAUGAUGUUAACAUUGAGACUGCAUCAAAGGAGAAUGAAUACAAGCAAACAAUUCUUCUGCUUGAGGAGAAGCUUAAUAAUGUACAAGCUAAUCAUAUAGACUUAGAACAAGCAAAACAGCUUGCUACAGAAAACCUUGAGAAGCAACUAUUGAACCGUGCUGAGGAAAUCCACCUUCUCCAGGCCAGAAUACUAGAACAGCAACAACAGAUAGAUGAUGCAAUGGUGGAUCAGGCAAGACUGGCCGAGCAUGGAGAUGAUAUGGAUACAACAAAACAGGAGAAUGAGUUGCAUGCUUCUGUAGAGAAGGAGAGUGAACUUAGGGAGGUGAAGACACAGCUGAAUAACAUAAUGACUGAGAAUGAUGACCUCAGGAAAAUGGUGGUAAAGAUGCGCUACUUGAAACAUCCUGGAAACUCAGAAUCUGGCAGCCAUGUUGAUGACAUCACAAAGCAGCAAAUGAAUGAGCUUCAGCUGGAGAACAGUGACCUGAAGGUAGCAGUGGGCAAAAUGCGAUAUACACAGCCCUCUCAGAAUGAUAACCAAGACAAGAGCAGUAGUAACUUAGAGUUAGAGGAACUAAAGCAGUCACUCAAGGUACAAGAAAACAGAGCCAAUAUGUUUGAGAGACUCUACACCAAAGAACGUGAGAACAGCCAACAGAGUGAACCUACUCCUCAAGACUUUUUUACUUGCAUGAGAUUAAUCCUCCCAAAUAUUAACACAAUGAACAAGGGUUUUGAUGAAAAAUUUAAAGAUUUUGUUAACAAAUUUUGGGAUCAUUGGGGAUUCUUUAAAAAUGAAACGGAGUACACAUUUGAAGAGAAAUGGAAAUUGUUUAAGAACUUGUCCGAGACUGAUGAGUUUAAAGAGGUGAUGGAUAACGCUGCACAUAUGUAUGAAGGUCUUAAUGAAAGUGCUAGACAGUCGUGGGAAUAUGUCCAGAAUUACACAAGAUCUGAGAAGUUUCAAGAACAUGUCAAUAGCACAAAGUCAGCUUUCGAAAAGAUCCAGGAAAAUCUCCAAACUCAUUGGGAGGCAGUUAAAAACUACACCAAUUCUGAAGAAUUUCAGGAGCGUGUCAAUAGCACAAAAUCAACUUUCCAAACCAUCCAAGAAAAUUUGAAAUCAAAGUGGGAUUCAGUGAAGAACUACACUAAGUCAGACAAGGUGCAGAAUAUUCUAAAUAAAACUACAGGUACAGUGAAGAAUCUAACUGACUCUCUGCAUGAUACUUGGAAACAAAUGAAAUCAUCCCCCACCAUCAGCUCUCUCUCAGACUCCAUCUCUGAAAAGAUAACUAAGCUACGUGCCAAGGUGAACUCUAAAUGGGAACGUGUCAAGAAAAAGAUCCAGCGAGGUGGAAAACAAUGGUACUCAGAACCUGCUAAAGAUAAUGAUGACCAGGAAAUUACACCCCCAAAAGCACCAAUGGAUAAAGACUACUGGUACCGACUACGUAAACUUCAGCGUUCUAUAAGACGUAUGAAUGAGGAAAGUCUACGUAGGAUGGACGAUGAUGAUAUGGAUGAUAUACUGGAUGAGUUUGAGGACUUUCAUGAUGACUAUGAAGAUGAAGUAGAUAAUGACCUUGAGGAAUGGCUGCUCUGUCAGGCUCAAUGGUGGAAGUACCAACUCUCUAAACAACAUGCCCAAUUCAAAUGGCAGCCCCAGUGUCUUGCUGUUCUUCCUCAAUGGCAGAGAAACACCAUCUGUCAACGUAGAUGUUAUAAUAGAAGUGACAAAUGCUCCUGCAAGGGAAAGAAAGCGAAGAGGUUCCAGUACAAACACAAGGAGAAGUUUGGAGGAUGCUGUGAAAAGGACCAUAAGCAAAACAAGAAAUGCUUUAAGGAGUGCAGGAAGGAAAUGAAGAAUAUUCCCAAACCGAAGAAAUCUGAAGAAUUGAAGUUUGAAUUUAAUGACGAACAUGGCUAUGCAACAAAUGAAAACUAUACAGAUGAUGCAAGAUGGUACUUCAAUUUGAUGGCCGAUAGGGCACGUGAACGUGGUGACACAAACUCUCAAUGGUACUUUGAACGAAUGCAAGAACGGGCAAACCUACGAGAAGCCCCAGGAAUGUGGUACCUUAAACAACUGCAGCAAGCUAAAGAAGCUAUUGCAGAUGAUGAU